GUUUGCGUCGAGUGAAACUCUGCGUCAGUUGCUUUAGUAGUUUGUCUCCAUGUUGUUGUAAGAACUUUACUGUUAAUCUGAACGAUUGGUGGAGUAUAAACGGAUUUAAACGGAUGAAGUUCACACCGCUGGAUUUAGACAAUUGUGUUUUUGCAGGAUUGUGGAGGCGCGCACUCACAGGGACGCGCGCACACAGGAUUGAGUUUCAGUCCCGUUGGAUGAUCGGAUUUAAUCCAGGAGUUUGAGAUGGAUCAUGUUUGCUGGAUUAUUUCUCUCUUCUGGUUCUUGACUGGACUCAUCACAGCAGAAGAAGAGGUGCUGAUGAACACAAAGCUAGAAACGUCUGAUCUGAGAUGGACCAUUUACCCCAGCAGUGACCCUGAGUGGGAGGAGAUGAGCGGUUUGGAUGAAGAGGGCAACAGCGUCCGUACCUUUCAGAUUUGUCCAGUGGACAGUUCAGUGAGUCACUGGCUGAGGACGAGGUUUAUCCCGCGCCGCGGAGCGUCUCAGGUGUAUGUGGAGAUCCGUUUCACCAUGAUGGAGUGUUCUGCCAUGCCGUCCAACUACCGUACAUGCAAAGAGACCUUUAAUCUUUAUUACUACCAGAGUGACGAGGACAACGCCACACCCACACAUCCCACCUGGAUGGAGAACCCUUACAGCAAGGUGGACACGGUCGCAGCGGAUUUCCUGUUGCGUCGCGGAGGCGAGAGGAAGUUCAACGUGAAGACGGUUCGUGUGGGUCCUCUCUCAAAGAAAGGCUUCUAUCUGGCGUUCCAGGCACAGGGGGCGUGUAUGGCCCUGCUGUCCAUCAGGGUGUUCUUCAAAAAGUGUCCUGCCGUCACAAGGGCAUUCUCCUCCUUCCCUGAAACGCUCCCUCAUUCGCUGGUGCAGCAGGCGGAGGGUGUAUGUGUGGCUAACUCCGCCCCCACGGGCCAGAAUCCACGCCCACCCACCAUGUUCUGUGGUGAAGACGGGCAGUGGGUGGGGCCUCCGUCGUCGUCGUGUGCAUGUAAACCAGGAUACGAGCCGGUGGACUCUGAUCGCUGCAGACCGUGUGGAUCGAGUCAGUAUAAAGCGUCUGUUGGCAGCAGUUUGUGUCGGGUGUGUCCAGAGAACAGUAACACACAUUCUUCAGGAUCCAGUGUGUGUUUGUGUCGCUCAGGAUUCUACAGAGCAGCCAAUGACCUCCCUGAUACAGCCUGCACUAAACCGCCGUCGGCGCCGCGCAGCAUCAUUACUCAGAUCAACGAUACGGUGGUGACUCUGGAGUGGUCAGAACCGCUGGACCGUGGCGGCCGCUCCGAUCUCACAUACAGCAUCGAGUGUGUGCGCUGCGGAGCAUUCAUGUGUGUUCCCUGCGCAGACAGCAUCACCUACAAGCCUGGGCAGGUGGCCGUGACGGGGAGGCGUGUUGUCAUCCGUGGGCUCCUCCCACACACCACGUACACCUUCACUGUCCUUGCUCAGAACGGAGUGAGCGCUGUCAGUUACACAAGCCCCGCCUCCACCUCCAUCAACGUCACCACUAGCAGAGACGUGACGAUUCCUGUAUCAGGUAUCAAGAGAACGGGAGCAUCGGAGACGAGUGUGUCGCUCAGUUGGCCCGUUCCUCCACAGACGCAUCACAACAUUCAGGAGUAUCAGCUGAGAUACAGUUUAAAGGGUCAGGAUGAUGGCUGGCAGUACAUCAGCAGUAAGAGUAACUCUGUGGUUCUGAACGAUCUCACUCGUGCAUCACAGUAUCAGGUCCAGAUCCGAGCCAGAACCAUCGCUGGAUACGGACACUUCAGUCCCGCUGCUACCAUCAGCACACUUCCUGACGAAGAGGAAUCUCCAUCACGUUUGGUGCUCACUGGCGUGCUGGUCGCUAUUGGACUGCUCAUCCUCAUCGCCGUGGUGAUUGUUGCCGUGUUCUGCUUCAGGCGCUCGAGCAGGACGAGGGAUCCAGACGCAGAUAAGAGUGCUCAGUUUAUGAUGGGUCAAGGUAUUAAAGUGUACAUCGAUCCGUUUACAUACGAGGACCCAAACGAGGCCGUGAGGGAAUUCGCCAAAGAGAUCGACGUGUCAUUCGUCAAAAUCGAGGAGGUUAUUGGUGCUGGUGAGUUUGGUGAGGUGUGUCGUGGCCGGUUGAAGGUUCCCGGUAAGAAAGAGAACUAUGUGGCCAUUAAAACACUGAAGGACGGCUACACAGAUAAGCAGAGGCGGGACUUCCUGUCUGAGGCAUCAAUCAUGGGUCAGUUCCAGCAUCCUAACAUCAUUCACCUGGAGGGAGUGAUUACAGCUUCCUGUCCGGUCAUGAUACUGACUGAAUACAUGGAGAACGGAGCACUCGACUCAUUCCUGAGGUUGAAUGACGGUCAGUUCACUCCCAUUCAGUUGGUGGGAAUGUUGCGUGGAAUCGCGUCAGGUAUGAAGUAUCUGUCGGAGAUGAGUUUCGUUCACCGCGAUCUGGCCGCACGCAACAUCCUGGUCAACAGUAAUCUGGUGUGUAAGGUGUCUGACUUCGGCCUGUCCAGAUUCCUGACAGAAAACUCCUCAGAUCCGACAUACACCAGCUCACUGGGUGGAAAGAUUCCGAUCCGCUGGACGGCUCCUGAAGCCAUCGCCUUCCGUAAGUUCACAUCCGCAUCUGAUGUCUGGAGUUACGGGAUCGUCAUGUGGGAGGUGAUGUCAUUCGGUGAAAGACCGUACUGGGACAUGAGCAACCAGGACGUGAUAAACGCUAUCGAGCAGGAUUAUCGUCUCCCUCCUCCACCGGAGUGUCCUGCAUCUCUUCAUCAGCUCAUGCUGGACUGCUGGCAGAAGGAACGAUCAUCACGCCCGCGAUUCUGCGCUAUCGUCUCUGCGCUGGACAGACUCAUACGAAACCCCGCCUCCCUCAAAAUCACAGGACGCAUCCCCGACGGGCUGUCUCACCCUCUGCUGGACCAGCGAGCUCCUCCCCCUCUGUCUCAGUGCAGCUCAGUCUCUGAUUGGCUCAGAGCCAUUAAGAUGGAGCGAUAUGAGGAGAGCUUCCUGCAGGCCGGAUUCACUUCCUUUGAGCUCAUCUCGCAGAUCUCCACUGAGGAUCUUCUGCGGAUCGGAGUGACUUUAGCUGGACACCAGAAGAAAAUCCUUUCCAGCAUCCAAACGCUUCGAAUCCACAACAAGAACAACAGCAGCACACUGAGAUACUGACACAAGCUCUUAAUCAGCCAAUCACUGAGGAGCGUGACAGUCCCCAGCCAAUCAGAGUGAACGGAGAAAGACAGACCGAUGAACUGAGAGAACUGUCUCUCUCUCUCUCUCUCUCGGGGGUUUUUAGUUUCUUUUUAAUAUUUUUAUACAGACUGACGGAUUGGACGAUGUUUCUUGUCUCUCUCUCUCAACGACAGGAAACAUGAGAGUGAGACAGAGGAAAUGUUAUUGUUGCCGUGGUGACGCUGGUGCUGAGCGCUGCGCUCGACCAGGUCACCGUCACUCGUGAACUUUGAACCCGAGAGGCUGUCGUGGCACAUUUGGCGCUUUGCAUUUUGGGAGUUGAACGGGAUCUUCACAUUGAAGGUUCAUUAUAAUUAUUAAAGCGAGAUUAUCUUGUAAUUAUUGUUAUUUUGUAUUCAUAAAUACAACACGAGUAUGAAUGUUUGUUUAGCAAAAGUACAGAGGGGAGCUGUCAAUCAAACGGACUGUAAUCUGUGUGACCAAUCACAUUAAAGAUUUCCAAAGCUGGCCCCUCCCACUGAAUGGCUCCUGUGUGUUUCAUCUUACUGCUUUCACCCGCUCCAUCAGACGCCAGCAUCUUAUCAGACAGCAUGUGACACACACACUUUGGAUCUGAACGUGCCCUGAUGCCGUCACACAGCCGUAUACAGCUGAAGAAGGGAGUGCUUUUAGCUUUCAGACGCAACCAAAGUGAGUGUGUGUUCAGAGAGAGUGAGACAGUUACAGAGACUGCACAGCACCCGUCUCUCUCUCUCUCUGGGAGUAUUAUAUGUGAUGUGUCCCAUCGGCACUAAUGAUGUUUUAAUAUCAGUCUGAUGUUCUGACGCUCACAGAGUGAAGACGUGAGAACACCGUUCAACAUUACAGUAUGUUAUUGUCUUUCUCACUUUCUUCAAAUAAUUUCCUCCAGUCUUUUUAAAAGCUGUGUGUCAGAUGAUCUUUACAGCGCUCACGUUUUUCACUCCAAGGCCCUGUUGACUAAAGCCCUAUUCGGACGGCAAUUAUGUUACAUGGGGACGUUUACAGGGGAUGGUCAGUGAUUUUAUUGCCCUACGAAUCCGACAUGUCUGUGUUUUUCUUUCACCUCCCGCGAGAAUAUUCCCGGCCAAAUUACCGUGGUCAUGUGGUAAUUUAAUUACCGUCCGAAUCAACAUCUCUGAGUUUAUAAUCCAAAAGCCGUUUUGGAAAUCCUUUUUGACCACUGCUAAGUGCCGUACGUUUGCGUUGCAUGGGGUAACAGCUCUGGCGGUCAUGGAAAGUUGUGAAAGUUGGAGAACAGAAAUGUUUGAAAUAAUUUCGCAAUAAUAAAAUGACGUCGCCGCUCCACCACAGUGAGUGUGAACUCUUUAAGUAGAAGAGAAAUAAAAACGCCAGAUCACGUAAACUUUUGAAAUGGUCUACUAUUAUGGCAGCAAUGUAAUAACAUUGUAAUACAUCACAUUUUAAUGUAGAAACAUUUACUAAAUACAUGUAUACAUAGGGCUUUCAUGACUACUCGUUUAUGGGUCAAGUAGUUCUAGAAAAGUUGCCUGGUUAAUGUCUUAUCUUAUUUAAAAGCUUUCAUUUCCACCUCCAGUUUUUAUUUAUUUUUAUCCCCUUUUCUCCCCAAUUCGGAAUGCCCAAUUCCCACUACUUAGUAGGUCCUCGUGGUGGCGCGGUUACUCACCUCAAUCCGGGUGGCGGAGGACAAGUCUCAGUUGCGUCCGCUUCUGAGACCGUCAAUCUGCGCAUCUUAUCACGUGACUCGUUGUGCAUGACACCGCAGAGACUCACAGCAUGUGGAGGCUCAUGCUACUCUCCACGAUCCACACACAACUUACCACACGCCCCAUUGAGAGCGAGAACCACUAAUCACGACCACGAGGAGGUUACCCCAUGUGACUCUACCCUCCCUAGCAACCGGGCCAAUUUGGUUGCUUAGGAGACCUGCUGGAGUCACUCAGCACGCCCUGGAUUCAAGCUCAUGACUCCAGGGGUGAUAGUCAGCGUGAAUACUCACUCAUAAGAUACUCAAUACUGUCCUUGAUAUGUGUGGCUUCUAUAUCUCCUUGCAGUGGUGGUGGUGUAGUGGACUGAAGCACUGAACUGUUAAUCAGAAGGUUGCUGGUUCGAUCCCCACAGACACCACCAUUGUGUUCUUGAGCGAGACACUUAACUCCAGGUUGCUCCAGGGGGAUUGUCCCUGUAAUAAGGGCACUGUAAGUCACUUUGGAUAAAAGCAUCUGCCAAAUGCAUAAAUGUAAAUGAUUAGGAGAGGGUGUGCAAGCAGCGCAACUGAGGUGAUGUGGGUGACAAAACAUGUGCAUUGACAGAUUUAUUUGGCUGUGUUGAUACAGUUUUGUCGCUACAGUUUCUUGAUUAGUUUAAUUGCUCUUCGGUUGAAAUGUCUGUAAAUGCACUGUAAAUGUCCGCAGCGCAGUUCCCUCAUGCUUUAAACAUGUUGUUUUCACUUUAGCGUAAUUCCAAACAUAUUUAAACGCAAAUACAGAGGACACCGUUUGUGUAUUGAUGAAUUUUCCAUAUAACAAGCGCAACUGCAAUCAAAAUUUGUCAUCGUAAUGCGUGAGUUUAACCCAGAGGAGCCAUGAAAAUGUACUUUUACAGACGUCACCUUGAGAAACAACUGCCGUCCGAAUAGAGCUUAAGAUGAUAAUCAAAGUUCAGGCUCAGAUAUUUCCUUUGUCAACAGAAACUAGAUUUAUUCUGAUUAAUGUGAUUAAUUGUGUGAGUUUCAAGAAUGAUGUGUUUCAAUACAAGAGUUGUUGGAAUUAAAAUAAGAAUUAAGAUGUCAGUUUACAUGUGUACAUCUUGAUUUUUUUAUUUAUUAUAGCACAUCAGAUUAUUAUUCUAUGGCUUAUUAACUUAGAUCAUUUUAAAUCACCACUGGUUUAAACCAAUCCUUACAAAGUGAUAAGAUUUGGGAUUCUGCAGAUUCAGACAUUGAUAUAGAUGGCAAACCGAUGAAAUCAUAUAUGUAUUUAAUUAAAUAAUUUCACCUAAAGUC